UUAAAGAAAAGAAGAAUGGAGAUUGGGAACUGCUCAGUCACUGAGUUCCUUUUCUUGGGUAUUACCAAUAACCCUGUGAUCAAAGUGAUUUUAUUUAUCAUAUUUUUAUUUAUUUAUCUCAUUACUCUUAUUGAAAAUCUUGGAAUGAUUAUUUUGAUCAGAAUGGACCACCAGCUUCACAUGCCAAUGUACUUCUUCCUCAGUCACCUCUCAUUCUCUGAUGUCUGCUAUUCCACUGCAGUUUGUCCUAAGAUGUUAGUGGACCUACUUGCCAAGAGCAGCAAUUCAAUUUCUUUCCUUGGGUGUGUUCUGCAGUUCUUCAUCUUCUGCGUCUUUACAGAUGUGGAGUGUAUGCUGCUGGCAAUGAUGGCAUUUGAUCGAUACAAGGCAAUCAGCAACCCCUUGUUAUAUGCAGUAGAUAUGUCCAGCAAGGUGUGCUACCAACUCCUGGCUGUGGUUUACUUGGUGGGUAUUGUAGAUGCUGUGAUACACACAACACUGACAUUUCACUUGUGUUUCUGUGGGUCCAAUGAGAUCAACCAUUUCUUCUGUGAUUUACCUCCACUCUACCUCCUAUCCUGCUCUGACAUACAAGUUAAUGAAUUGGCCUUAUUUACUGUUUUUGGUUUCAUUGAACUGAGCACAAUAUCAGGAGUCCUUGUCUCUUACUGUUACAUUAUUUUAUCAGUCCUGAAGAUCCGCUCUACUAAGGGAAGGUUCAAAGCUUUCUCCACAUGUACCUCCCAUUUAACAGCAGUUGCAAUUUUUCAAGGAACAAUGUUAUUCAUGUAUUUCCGUCCAAGCUCUUCUUAUUCUCUAGAUCAAGACAAAAUGACCUCACUGUUUUACACCCUAGUGAUUCCCAUGUUGAACCCCCUCAUUUACAGCCUGAGGAACAAGGAUGUUAAAGAGGCCCUGCAAAAACUGACAACAAAAACUUGGUUCUAA